AUGACGGACUCAACCGAGAAGGAGAUCUCCGAGGUGUACGGACAGCUGCUGGGACUGCCGAAUCAAGCGCGAGAGACUCGCGAAGCGCUGGACUCCGACAGACCGCCCAAGUGGCAGCGCCCGUCACACAAGGGCUUUGGCGAUGGGCGCGGAGGACGCCAAGGCAAGGAGCAGAAGUGGACACAGCAGGAGUGGGACUCGUGGGGCAUGAGCCGCUCCCAGAACUCCUUGAGCCAGGCAGUCUCGGGGGACGAACUGAGGGAAGUGGUUGCGCUUCUGACGCGACUAGACACAGAGGCAGCCCUGAGAACGGACUGCUCGUUCCUCCUGUACAUGGACACACAGGGCAUGGGGAUGACGGCGCAGCUGUUCAAAAUCUCCCAAGAAUGGAAGGAGAAGAAAGAAGCGGUGCCGCCGCAAGUCAAGCAAAGCCUCAGGACCAGGACUACCCUCCUCGUGUCGAUCAUGGUAACAAUGCGGCAGAAGAUGGAGCAAGAGCUCACCCCGGAGAUGAGGCCGACACUUGUCAAGCACGGAUGGAUCACAGCGGUGGACCCUCCGUCCUGGGCCUACCUACGCUGGAACCCUACAACGGAGCGCCAGGAAGUGGACAACAGCCGCCCGCCAUUGCCGCACUCGGAAGCCUUGAACGCCCUCACCAAGAUCAACGAGCUGGCAGGCCAAGACGGGCUCCUGCACAAGUUCCACGCGACGCGGAAGAUGGCAAGCGAGUACCGCUCGCCGGUCCUGCCCUUCCUCAUCAUGGUAUCCAACCGAGGCUCCGAAGCCCAAAGCCUGCAUCAGUCUCUGAUCCAGAUCUGCGACAACUCCUGCCUUCGCCUGGUGGGCGCACGCUUGCGCCAGGAAAGGAUGAAGCGGCAGCCGCUUGCGAACCUACUCUCGCAAGCAGCCUCCAAUCUUCUGGAUCACGCCAAUCCGCAGAUGAAUGCCGCCGCCGACCUGAAGCCGAAGGAAGCGGGCAAGAGCUCGGACCCAGACUCGAUGCGAGCAGAUAUGGCGGACUUGUCCUUCCAGACCAGCGUGCCGUCUUUGGGGCACUCACCUCGGUCUGCUGCCGUGGAUGCCGCAUCUCCGGGGGUGGAGGUGCGCGACCAAGCGUACUUGUGGCAGCCCAUUGCAAUGACGGUUGUUGGCCGUGACACAUGCCGGCUGCCGAUCUUUCAGAGUGGCCACUACCAGUGCGCCAUGUGCUCUGAGCGGCAAAUCUUUUUGUCAGAUGAUGGGGUGGCGGCCGAGGAUCAUGAAACGUUUCUUUUGAGUGCUCCCAUGUCGAAGGAUACGGUUGAGCAGCCUACGAAUCCCAUCGAGCAGUUUGCCUUUGAUUGCCUUCGGCGACAAGUCGUUACAUACGCAGACUUUGGUAUCUUGCUCAACAUGCUUGCUCAGGUGUUACCGCAGACCAAACGCACCAGGGAGCGCAUCAACAUGGGAGUGACAUCGUUUGCCUUCCAGACAGGUGCGUAUGUUUUUGGUGGUGAGGCAGGUGCCAUGACCAAUGUGGGCACCUAUCCUCUCCUCACACGCUUGCUCGCGGCUACAGUUAAUGCCAGGUGCUCCGGGUUGCCCUUUUCCACUGUGACGCUCUCUUCCAACUUGCAGACGGGAUUACACAAAGAUUCGCACAACCAUCCGAUGCUCUCCAACAUUGUCAUCCCGAUUACUCGCUGGGAGUUUGGAGGCGCCCUAUGGAUUGAGGACGACUCAGGUAACAUCAUGCAUGAGGGCAUGCGUGGUAGGACUCUGGAUGUGACUCCGCCCUAUGUGCUUUUCAAUGCGCACCGUGCGCAUUGUACAAUGCCUUGGGUGGGUAACCGAUGUGUUCUCAUCGCCUAUCACAUUCGCGAUGGCUGGAGACUCUCGGAUGACUGCUUACACCGGUUGCGAGCCAUGGGAUUCCCGAUUUGGACAGGACAUGUUACUGAAGACCCUUACAUGUGA